AUGAGGAGGGAAGUUCUGGUCUGUUGCUCCUCAAAGCGUGACCGGACGAGUUUUGUGCAACGGGGUGAAGGGGGAGGGGAUGGUGAACAGGCAGCCGAACGGAUACCUGCGCCACCCAUACAGCAGUUUGAGGACGCCGGCCCGGUUGACCGCAUGCUGCCUAAGAAGACCAAAGCUGAUGAGGGCAGCCUUCCCUGGCCGAGACCUUCAGUCAAAGCAGAGGACAAGGCUGCUCUGGGUCAGGAAGAACAUAUAUCCGACGCAUCAGUCAUCAAUCUUUCCCUCCACGCUCAACCGCCCGCAUCAGACUGCGCCAAUGACGUCUCUGACGGUUCAUCGUUGAACAGUUUCAGAGAUAUGACUGCACCCGAUCCGCUGCCACCGACGACAGCAAGCCUGUCCUGGCCUCCCAAACCGACGUACUCCCAGCGCUUCGGCACUUUCAUGCCCCUGCCAAAGGCCUCUGUAGGCGCCGCAGCAGCAGUAAAUGAGGAUUUUGAGGUGGAGGAGACGGAGCAGACGGAGGGCAGCGUCCUGAACGAC